GUUCUUCUCGCUGCGCGAUCGAAGAAAGGAAGAAGCGAUGGACGACGAGCUGAUUCCUGGCCUACCGGAGGAGGUGGCGCGGGAGUGCCUGCUGCGCGUGGGGUUCGACCAGCUCCCGGCGGCGAGGAGCACCUCGCGGCGGUGGAAGGCGGAGGUCGAGUCGCCGUUCUACCACCGGCUGCGCAGGGCGCGGGGCAUGGCGCGCCCGCUGCUCGCCCUCGCGCAGGCCGAGCCGCCGCUCCCCGCCGCCGGGCCGGCGCGCAAGUACGCCGGGCUGGCGACGUCGUAUCGCCUCGUGCUGCACGACCCCGUCGGGGGAGGGUGGGCCACGCUGCCGCCGCUUCCCAGUGGUGGUGGUGGUGGCGGGCUGCCGCUGUUCUGCCAGCUCGCCGCGGUGGCGUGCGGGGAGAGGCGGCGGCUGGUGGUGGUCGGAGGGUGGGAUCCGGAGACGUGGGCGCCGACGGAUGCGGUGCAUGUGUAUGACUUCUUGUCCGGCGCGUGGCGGAGCGGCGCGGCGAUGCCUGGCCCGAGGCGGUCGUUCUUCGCGUGCGCGGCGGCGGGGAGGUGGGUGUUCGUCGCCGGCGGGCACGACGAGGAGAAGAACGCGCUGCGGUCGGCGGCCGCGUACGACGCCGAGGCCGACGCGUGGGUCACGCUCCCGGACAUGGCGACGGACAGGGACGAGGCCAGGGGGGUCUCCGUCGGAGGCAGGUUCGUCGUCGUUGGCGGGUACCCGACGGAGGCGCAGGGCAGGUUCGCCGGCUCCACCGAGGCGUUCGACCCGGCGGCGUGGGCGUGGGGCCCCGUGCAGGAGCGGGUGCUCGACGAGGGCACGUGCCCGAGGACGUGCUGCGCCGCGGGCACGACGCUGUACAUGCUCCGUGACGGCCAGCUCGCGGCGCGCGACGCCACCGCCGACGGCCCCGCCGCCUCCGCGUGGCGGGCGGUGGCGACCCUGCCGGAGGACGGGCGCGCGGUGUCGGCCCUCGCGGCCAUCGGGGACGGCCGCGUCGUCGCCAUCGGCGCCGGUAGCCACGGCGCCCAGCAGGCAGUGUACCUGCUCACCGCAGCGGCGGCGGCGGCACAGCCGUGGGCGCGUGCUCCGGCGCCGCCGGAGUUCGCCGGGUACGUGCAGGCCGCGUGCUGCGUCGAAGUAUAACUAUACGUGCAUGUAAUGUACAUGAUGUUGCGCGGAACUCUGUUUUGUUUGUGUUACUUGAAGCUUAGCCUUUCGUGUAUACAACGAUUUGAAAUGAUG